UUAUUGGGAGAACCUACUUCUUCGACACAAUCUUGAUUUUAUGCAUAUAGAAAAAAAUUUCUUUGAUAAUCUGGUUAACACAGUGCUAAAUGUACCUGGGAAGACAAAGGAUAGCAAAAACUCAAGGAUGGAUCUCCCUUUGUUUUGCAGAAGACCCGAGUUAGAGAUUUCCCAAGAUGGAAGAGUGCCUAUUCCAAUCUUUAGAUUGUCGAAGGAAGGCAAAGAAAAAUUUCUAACAUGGUUGAAGACCGAUAUUAAAUUUCCAGAUGGGUAUGUUUCGAAAUUUUCACAUUGUGUUAAUUUGAACAGUGGAAAGAUAUCAGGAUUAAAAAGCCAUGACUGUCAUGUCAUCAUGCAACGACUUCUCCCAAUUGCAUUUGCGGAACUUCUUCCAAAACCUGUUCAUACGGCAAUUUCAGAUAUCGCACUCUUCUUUCGAGAUAUAUCUGCCAAAAUCUUGAAGAUUGAAGAUGUUGCUAGACUGAAAGAAAAUAUUGCAAUUAUGCUUUGCAAUCUUGAAAAAAUAUUUCCACCGGCAUUCUUUGAUGUGAUGGAACAUCUACCUGUCCAUCUCCCAGAUGAAGCUUUACUAGGUGGUCCGGUCCAAUAUAGGUAGAUGUAUCCGUUUGAACGAUACAUGUAUCAUCUGAAACAAAAGGUUAAAAACAAAGCCAGGAUCGGAGGAUCAAUAGUGGCUCAGUGUGUGAAUGAAGAAAUUUCUUACGUGACAAAUAAUUAUAUUGCACCUUCAACAGUUCAAGUCCCUGAAAAAGAUGUCAACGAAAUCAGAUUCACUUACAAAUAUCUUGAUGUUCCAAUAAUGUUCCAGCAAGAAGGAAGAAUCAGUGGAAAAUCAAGUAGUGCAUGGUUAAAUGAUGAAGAUUAUAAUAUUCUUCAGACAUUUUUAUUGCUCAACUGUGAAGUAUUUGAACCAUAUGAGAGGAUGUUUGAAGAAUAUAUGAUGGAUAACCACCCAAACAUAACUUCUAACGAUAUGACAAGAGCAAAAGAUGAAAAAUUUGCAAUGUGGUGUAAAGAUUACAUUAACAAUGCUAGCAAAUCAUUUGAAUUUCCAUUGUGGAUGUUGGAAUUUGUACAAGGUCCAAAGCACCAAAUCACGUCAUGGCCUAUGUAUUAUUCGAGAGGAUAUCAUUACCACACACAAAGCCAUGGACAAAAUAAAAAGACAAUGAAUUUUGGUGUUUGUGUUCCUGGAACUACUGAGACCGAGUAUUUUGGACUUAUCGAAGAAAUAUUCAUGAUAGAGUAUCAUGGUGCCGUUGGGUUAAAAGCCAUGAUUUUUAAAUGUCAUUGGUUCAACAUCGAUCAAGGAAUACGAAGACAUCCAUCUGGCAUUGUUGAUGUUUGCCCACAAAUGCAUUAUGACAAGUACGAUCCUUUUAUAUUACCAGAACAAUGUGAUCAAGUAUGUUAUGUUCCUUAUCCUCGUCUACGAUCAAGAAGAGAAGAAUGGUGGACAACAAUAAAAGUUAUGCCAAGAGGAUUUUUUGAAACUAAAGAAGUUUCUCAAAAUGCAAUACAAAACAAUAUUGUUGAUCAUGUGAUACCAUCCACUAAUAUUGUGCGAGUCGAAGCACAUGCAGUCCAAGAUGAUUCAAAUUACGAACCGAUGCCAAUGAUUAAUCCAGAAGAUGAAUAUUUAUCUGAAAAUGAUUUUAUCGAUCAGUAUGACGAAUAUUCUGAUUCAGAUUCGCAUUCGGACUAAUAAUAUUGUAUGAAUAAAUGGUUAAGAAAAUAAUGUAUGUGUUCUAAAAC